GAGAGAGAUAUGAAACUGGUGUCACAUUCACCAGCCAACAAACCUUAUCCAUGGAGAGUGAGAAAGGCACCUCGAGUUUUUGUGCACAACAGAUCUUAGUUUAACUGCACGGGACAGACUAUAGUUGGAUAAUAAUAUUAGGGUUAGGCUAUUCAGUUGAUUUAUACAAAGUAGCCUAAUCAUGCAGUACCAACACACUGCGUCUUCGUCAUUGGGUGUUCCUCUUUACGCACCGACCCCAAUUCAGCCCGUUCAUCCAACUCCUUUCUACAUCGAAGACAUACUGGGGAGAAAUGGGACCCCAACACCUUCUGCCGCGAUCCCCACGCCGACUCUUCCGUCGCCGAAUUCAUCCUUCACCAGUUUGGUCUCUCCGUACCGGACCCCCAUCUAUGAACCCACGCCGAUCCACCCCGCUUUCUCUCACCACCCGGCGCUGACGUCCACGUAUUCCUCCGGGGCUUUCGCUAAUUCUCUCUAUCCAUUCCAUCGCUCUAUGGGGGACUAUACUCACGCUCUGAUCAGGCACGAUCCACUUGGUAAACCACUGUUAUGGACCCCAUUCAUUCAGCGCCCACUUCACAAAAGAAAAGGAGGACAGGUCCGAUUCUCCAACGAUCAGACGAUAGAGCUGGAAAAGAAGUUUGAGACACAGAAAUAUCUUUCACCUCCUGAACGAAAACGACUGGCUAAAAUGUUACAACUAAGCGAAAGACAGGUGAAGACGUGGUUCCAAAAUCGACGGGCGAAGUGGAGGCGACUGAAACAGGAGAACCCUGCGGGCAGUAAGAGAGAUCUGGAGGAUGAGGGUACUGGAAGAAACUGUGAGGAUGGACCAGAAUCAGGUGUGAGUCGGGACUUGGACCAAAGAUGUUCGGAAGUAACACACACUAACAGUCGGUCGCAGUGUUCCACAUCCCCUUUAUCACAAGGAGAAAUAGAGUCAGACAUUUCAGACGAUACAGACCAAGAGCUGGACAUAGAGGACGACAUAGAGUUCCCACUUAAUCCACAGAUAUGAAAUCGUGGUCAUGGUUAUAGUUCGAUCUGGACAUUAUCCCGCUGGGAAACAACCGUCUGACUGCUUCUAAACGUGGUUGUGUCUUUCAGGGGAAAUAUAUUUGUUUUGUAUAUAAUGUGAAGGCCUAUCUGUAUAUUUUUUUCGAUGUUAUAUUGACGUCAUUACGAGUAAAACAUUUACAUUAACUGGACAAUAAAUAUUGAUGUCAGCCACAACAAUGCAUUUUGGAUGAGCAUUUCAGUUAUUAGAUCUAUACUCCCUUUGGUUGUGGUUAAAAGCGUUUUUAUCUAGUUGGAUUUGCUGAUCAGAAUGUAUAACAUUUACACAUGUAUUCUAAGCUCAGUGUAUUUGUUUUGAUUACUAAUAAAACAUAUUUUGUGAUAAAAUAA